AUGGCUGGUACAAGAACCAUCACGGCCGAACCGCCUCGCUCCACGGCGUACUAUUACGCUGACCUCGAGCGCCUGAAGAGGAAGAAUGGAUGCCAGGAUUCCCCGAAUCCGGCCGAGGAGUCGAACCCGAACCAGAACGAGCACAGCGAUUACGUAGAGUCGAAUGAGGUGGUCGACGAGGGACCGGUGGCGGAAGUGCCCCCGCUUAGGGACCGGAGGGAGUGCCAGGACUCCCCGAGGCCGAACCCUGAAAGAAAACUGGAGGAAACGUAUUCAACAGCCGGCACCUUCCCCAUGCCCGAGCCUAAGGAAAAGGAACCCCUGCUCGCGGAACUGGAAGUUGUCGGGAGACUGCCUCUAACUCAACUGGACUCUGGUUCUGGAGUGAGAAGAAGUAGAAGCUGGUACUUGUGCUGCCCCAAUGUUGGGGAGGAGGAGAUAUCGAGGGAGUCGUCGUGGAGGUACUCCAGUCUGCGGCCUGUCACCGCGCCACCAGCUCCUGGGCAGAAUGGUAUACACCUGGUAGCAACACAAAGCAGCGGUCAGGAAGACGUGGUGACCCUCCGCAAUGAAAGGGACGCCUUGGCGAGAGCUCUGGCUGCCGAAAAGCAAAAGGCGGCCAGUGCUGCCAGAGCCCACGAUGCGAGGCUGGCUGAGCUGCACGGGGUCAUAGCCGAGCUGGUCAGGAGGCGGGCGCAGGACAAAUCCGCAAGGGCUAUACCCGAGGAGGAGGUUUCUGACGAGUGCGAGUCCACCACCCAGCCAGCUGGAGAGCUUGACAACGACGCGGACAGGUCCCGGACUGAGCAAAACGACACGUCGUCACUGAGCCCGGCGGAGCUCCCGAGCCCGUUGGAAGCGAAGCCCGAGCUGAAGGAACUGCCCGACGAUACCACCGACACCAGCACUCAGGAGAUGCACGUCAGGGUGGAACAACCCCGUGUGGAGGUUUCGACCCCUCAACAGAGCGACCCGUGCGACACGAGCGUUAAUUAUUCGGAACGGGACUCCGAGAUAUGUGUGAGCACUGCCAGGUGCUGCCAAUACGCGAGGGCUGCUCACCUGCUGGGAGACAGCUACGAGGUGCCGGAAGGUCUGCUGCCGCCGUCCCCGGGUCGUUGCGAGUCCCGACAAGCCAAAUUAGCGUCGAGGGUACGUCUCAGGCGCACCGAGGAAACCGACUCCACCAACCACUUGAGUACCGACGAGACGCGGGUUAACCUCAUCGAGGAGUCAGCCCUGCGACUGCACGACGAGGAAGACCUUCUGGCACUGGAGCCACACGAUGGUGGAGACGUUGUGGAGGGUGGUGUUUGCGGGGCGCGGUGCGCGUGGUGGCGAGCACGUUGCCGCCGCCUGCAGGCAGACUGCCGCCUGCUCGACUGUGCGCUUGCGCGGGCGCUACACACUGCACACAGGUUAACGUGCGCGUGCGCAGCACAAGAGUCUUCGUGUGUGGCGCUGUGCAGCGCGCUGCGGGCCGCCGACCGCGCGCUCGAGACGUACGACGUGCUGCUCGCGCUCGCCGAGACGCAACACCGCCAGUGCUCGCCCGAGCGUGAAGCUGCAGAGCUGGUGGCGCUGCAGCUGCUGGCGCGGCUGGAGGCGGGCCCCACGCUGCCCGAGCCGCUACUGUCGCCGGGGCCCUGGCUGCCGCCGAACCACCACCACCACCAGGACACGCCGGACUGCUACAGCGCGUCCCCCGGGACGCUGGGGGCGGCGGGGGCGGCGGGGGCGGCGGGGGCGGGCGGCUGGAGCGCGGCGCUGGAGGCGCGGCUGCGGCGCCACGCCGCGCGCCUCAAGGCCGACACCGUGGCGCUGCGCGCACACGACCCCAAGCCCAGGCUCUUCUCCCGCCAUGACGCGGAGGAAGAGGAUUCGGGGGGCGCACUCGCUGACGUCGGCGUGCCCGAGAUGGAGGCCGCCGUCGCCCUGCAGGAAGCGAUGGCGAUUCGAGAAAAGAAAGCGCUCGAGCGAAUGAUGAGAGUACGCCCCGAUGCAGCACCGACGGAUUCGUGUCGCAGCAGAAGACGCAAGGAGAGAGAACGUCAUUGGCUCGAGAGUCACGCAUCGGAAACGGAUCUUUGA